AUGCAACUAUGGUUAAUGGUCGAAAGAGACCAUCACGUUUUGAUUAUCCAUUGGAUGCAAGGCCCGGAGCUGGACCAUCUCAUCGACCAAUUCUUGCUCAAGACUCAGACAUUGAGGAGGUUGCAUUCUACAAGACCACCCCACCAGCAUACAUUUGUUACGUGGACUUCAACUCCAACGCGGACCGCCCGUCACUCCACAAUGCUCAACGCGAUGUUUUUUGGAAGAUUUGAGGAGUCUCGCCGAGACGAGAUCAAAGUGGGCGACGUUGCGGAGAAAUCCCUUCAAAGAUUCCUUGAGCUCACAGUUGGUGUCCAUAAAGUGCUCACUGAUGAGAAUGUCGAAAAGGUGCUGGUCCUCGCCGACUAUUGGGAUGCUCAAAUCGUGAAGAAAAUCUGUGAGGAAUCAAAAACGAUGGGGAUUCCGAAGAAAUUAGGAGGUGCAACUACAGGACAUCCUCAUUACCCAAAGAAUCGACAAUACGACAAAAAUGGAAUUUCGGAUUUGGAGGGUCACAACAGUUACGAUGAGAGAGCUGUAAUUGAAUGUUCCAACGCGUGUGGAUGCUCUUGGAGAUGUCAACUCCAACGAGACCAGCAGAUGACUCUUGGUGUUUCUAUUUGGAUGCGAUACGAGGAUUUGGAAUGA